UUAAAAAAAAGCAAAAAUAGCUUCCGUGCUCAUCUUCUUCGUCUUCUACCUCCUCCUCCUGGUCUCUGUCAUCGUCGCGUCGGUCGUUUUUGGCCCGAAAACUUCUGUCGUCGGAGUCGAGGACUGCGAAAUGGCGACCAUGGAGAGCUUAAUUGGCCUCGUCAACCGGAUUCAGAGGGCCUGUACGGUCCUCGGCGACCAUGGCGGCGAUUCCGCACUCCCUACUCUUUGGGAGGCUCUUCCUUCUGUCGCCGUCGUUGGCGGUCAGAGUUCUGGUAAGUCGUCGGUCUUGGAAAGCAUCGUCGGUCGGGAUUUUCUGCCGAGAGGAUCAGGGAUUGUCACUAGGAGGCCUUUGGUUUUGCAGCUACACAAGACAGAACAGGGUAUUGAAGAGUAUGCAGAAUUCCUUCACCUACCAAAGAAAAAAUUCACAGAUUUUGCUAUGGUUCGGAAGGAAAUUCAGGAGGAAACUGACAGAAUGACCGGGCGCUCGAAACAGAUUUCUCCCAUUCCCAUUCAUCUUAGUAUUUACUCCCCAAAUGUUGUCAAUUUAACCUUGAUAGAUUUGCCCGGCUUAACCAAGGUUGCUGUAGAGGGACAGCCAGAGAGUAUUGUUCAGGACAUUGAAAUUAUGGUUCGCGCCUAUGUGGAAAAGCCAAAUUGCGUUAUUCUGGCCAUAACUCCAGCCAAUCAAGAUAUAGCAACGUCUGAUGCUAUCAAACUUGCUAGAGAAGUUGAUCCAACAGGCGACAGGACGUUUGGGGUGUUGACAAAGCUGGACUUGAUGGAUAAAGGAACAAAUGCUUUGGAUGUCCUUGAAGGAAGAGCCUACCACCUUCAACACCCUUGGGUUGGAAUCGUGAACCGCUCACAGUCUGAUAUAAAUAAAAAUGUAGACAUGAUUGCUGCUCGGCGUAGGGAGCGAGAGUUUUUUGCCCACAGUCCUGAUUAUGGACACUUGGCAAGCAAAAUGGGGUCGGAAUAUCUAGCGAAACUUCUUUCAAAGCAUUUGGAAGCUGUAAUUAAGGCUCGUCUUCCAGGAAUUCAAUCGUUGAUCAACAAAAGCAUUGAUGAAAUUGAAACAGAGUUGGACUAUCUUGGUAGACCUGUUGCCAUUGAUGCCGGGGCACAGCUAUAUACAAUCCUGGAGUUAUGCCGUGCAUUUGACCGGAUAUUUAAGGAGCAUUUGGAUGGAGGGCGACCUGGUGGUGAUCGGAUUUAUGGCGUAUUUGACCAUCAGCUCCCUUCUGCCUUGAGGAAGCUCCCUUUUGAUCGUCAUCUUUCACUUCAAAAUAUAAGAAAAGUGGUUUGUGAAGCGGAUGGAUACCAACCUCAUCUAGUUGCACCUGAGCAAGGUUAUCGGCGCCUCAUUGAUAGUGCCCUGAAUUAUUUUAGAGGCCCAGCUGAAGCGUCGGUUGAUGCUGUUCACUUCAUUCUUAAGGAACUUGUGCGGAGGUCGAUUGGAGAAACUCAGGAGUUGAAGCGGUUUCCGACACUUCAAGCUGAAUUAGCGGCUGCAGCAAAUGAAGCGCUGGAGAGGUUCCGUGAUGACAGCAAGAAGACAACUUUGCGAUUGGUGGACAUGGAAUCAUCGUACCUAACCGUAGAUUUCUUCCGGAAACUUCCCCAGGAAGUCGAUAAGGGAGGAAACCAAGCUGCUGCCUCAUCGGGAGACCGAUAUUCGGAAGAACACUUCCGUAGGAUAGGAUCAAAUGUUUCUUCCUAUGUUGGGAUGGUCUCCAAGACACUGAGGAAUACAAUUCCGAAGUCUGUUGUUCACUGUCAAGUUAGAGAGGCAAAGCGGUCUUUACUAGACCAUUUUUACACACAACUGGGCAAGAUAGAGGGUAAGCAACUAGCUCAACUGUUGGAUGAAGAUCCGGUCUUGAUGGAAAAGAGGCUGCAGUAUGCGAAGAGGCUUGAGCUUUACAAGUCUGCUAGGGAUGAGAUUGACUCAGUAUCAUGGUCAAGAUAAGAUGUUUUCUGAAUGCAACUGAAAAAAAAAACAAAGAAAAAAAAAUAUAUAUGUUGAUAGCUGUGGCUUUUGCUUAGGGAAGUGGUGUUUUUCAGCAAGAAUUCCUUUUUUUUUUCUUUUGUUUUUUUUUUUUGCUUUAAUUUUUGUUAAAAGG